AUGGAGGGCAACAAAACUAAAGCCUCGAUGUUCUUCGUCCUCCUCUCCAUGUUGUCCAUCAGGUCUUGUUCAGCUUUCAAUAUCACAAAGCUACUCAACAAAGAAUCCGAUUUCAGCACCUUUAACAAGUACCUCUCCGCAACCAAACUCGCCGACGAGAUCAACAAGCAAAGCACGAUUACGGUCCUCGCCCUGAACAACGACGCCAUGGGCGGUAUCUCUAGCGACAACAGCUUCCCCCUCAAGUCUGUCAUGAGCGUCCACAUUAUACUUGACUACUUCGAUAAGGAGAAGUUGGCCAAGCUGGCCAAGAACAAUAGUAGCACCAAGCUGACGACUCUGUUCCAGAGUUCGGGCGAGGCUAAGGACCAACAGGGCUUCGUUCGGGUCGAAGUCGUUGACGGUGAGAUUUUUUUCGGGUCAGCAUCCAAGGGUGCACAAAUGAACUCCAAGCUGGUUAGGUCGGUGACAGCUCAGCCCUACAACAUUUCCGUGCUUGAGGUUAGCUCCAUCAUUAGGGUUCCCAACAUCAAUGCUUCUCCGGCGCCUGAGAAAGCUCCGGCGCCGAAGAAAGGCAAGUCUCCGAGUCUGAAAGACGAGGCCGAGAGUCCUUCCGAAGACACCGCUGAAAGUCCCGCCGGUGAUGAGAAGGAUGAGGCUCCCAGUCCGUCCAAAGCAACAGAUUCGACGCCGCCCAAGCCGGGUUAUGAGGAUGAUGUGAUAACGGCAGAUUCGCCUUCGUCGACUCCCACAGCUUGGGACUAUAGUGAUGCACGCGCCACCGAUGCUGAGAUGGGAUUUCGGGUUGUUACUAUGGGGCUUGCUUCAGUAUUGGUUGCUUUCUUCUGA